AUGGGAAAGCCACUACAGUCAAUAGAUACAGAAUGCGCAAAUUAUGCCCCUCAGAUAGAAGAGUUACAGCAGUUGAUUUUAUAUUUUCAGAAUGAGCACGUGCGCGCAAUGCGGAGUGGUUGGCAACUCGCUUCAAACCUAAUGGGCAAAGCAGAGAAUGAUCUUGUGUUGCACGGAAAAACUUUGGAACAAGGACUAGGCGAAAGCAAGCUAAUUCAGGCUGUGCAGCGAUAUCAGACUUCAGACCUUUAUUUAUUCUUUGGAAAGUACGAACUUGCGGCUGACUCGGCACUAGAAAGAGUGGAAGAACUCAAUGAAAUGCUAAAUGGGAGUACUGCCCUAUUUGCAAUGACUCGCAAGACAAAGAGUUCCAAGUACACAAAACCAGCACAUCGUAUUCGGAGAAAGAUCGCCGGCUGGGUCAAGGGUGAAAAUCCCAACGUCAAGCAUUACGAGUCCUUUCUGGAAGCAGAGCACACUGCUUUGCGGGGAAGAAAGAAGGAAUAUCUGCAUUUCCAAGCAGGAUCCACAAAGAAUGGCGUUUGCAAGCAGAAUCACAGCACUCGUUCCACCAGACGCAAGCGUUCUGAGACGGCAAAGGAUCGAUCUCCAAGACAGGAAACAAGAAAAAGCCGCCCGUCUCGUCACCGAGAGAGCAGUAGCAAAUCCAAUAGUAACAGCUCUUUGGACUACAGCGACGAAAGCAAUCCAAAUAAAGAAAGAUCUCUUCGUGAUGAUGCCUCCAAGGAAUCGUCAUCUCGCCAUGCCCGUCGAUCUAGAACGGAUCAAGAUCGAACGGACCGAGUAACCACAAGACGAUCCACACGAGGCCAGCGCGCUCCUUUCUCCAGGCCUGGGAUUGCCGUCGGUAUCGAUGCAGCUCUGGGUGCAGAGUCGGUAGGACCAUCUGAUACGAAAUCCUUGGCCGAGCGGCGAAAGACACGUGGAAAUCAGCACAAAGACCAAGACAAACGUGAUCGUUCAUCCAAAAGAGCUGCUAGGUCCAGCAAGAGCCCCCCUCAUCCUGGAGCAGUUUCGAGCCAUGGGACUGAUAUCGCAAAAUCGAAACGAAGAAGUACAUCCCCCAGAAAAAGCCACCAAGAUAGAGCUGACAACGAAUCCAAGAAAGCUGCAAGACUAAGUCGUCGAUCAACUCGACCUGGCGCUGAGUCCAGCAAUAAGGAAGACUGUGCCAAAGGAAAGAAGAGGGCUGCAAUAAAGGUCCUAGUUCACGGCUCGCCGCUUUUGACGAAGAAAGCGAUAUUGCAGUGGAAGGAGGGAUCUAUUAUGACAGAGGUCUUGAGAUCCAAGCAGAACUGGUGGGAAGUGAGGACAACAAUGACUGCCAGAAAUAAAAGUGGAGCAAGCAGCAAAUCAUAUGCAACAGCAGAUGGAAGAUGA